AUGGACCCAAACAAUGCGAAUUCAAUAUCAACAGAAUCCCGUGUACCAGGGGUGCUGGCAGGAUCCAUUGUCCCAGCAACCAUUGGCUCUCUCUUUGUCAUUGCUAGGCUCUAUACCCGGAAGCUCAUCUGCAAUACUUGGGGUCUCGACGACACUUUGAUAUCAUUAUCAUGGUUCGGAGCCCUUGGCCUCGGGGCAAUGAACUCCCUGUUCGUCGCCUACGGUACCCGCCAUAGGGCUGUCUUCCAAAGCGAAGCCGAUAUAAUUUCAAUCAUGAAACUCGCCUUCGCCUCCAGACUCCUAUACCAGUUUGUACUCUGUACUACCAAACUCGGAAUCGGUUGCUAUUCAUUGCAGUUUUUCAGGGACAGGACGAGCAAGUUGAUUGCAUACCCUCUUCUCGGAUUCGUCCUGGUCUCAGCUGUCACGAUCGAGUUCACGUUUAUUUUCUCCUGUAAACCCGUAUCCAAUGCGUGGACUCUGGGCGCGCAGAACUGCUUACCAGUCACGCCUAUUUUUAUCACAAAUACUGUUUGCAAUGUUAUUGGAGAUUUGGCGCUUAUGGCGUUUUUGAUUCCUCGAAUUGCCCCCCUCCAAAUGUCCCGCCGCCAAAAGGCAUCCCUUUUCUCCGUCGUCGGUCUAGGUCUACUUGUCAUCAUCGCAGCCGUAUUCCGUCUCACAGCAAUCGUCAAACUCAACAAACCCCAAGACUUCGCAUGGAACGGAGUCUACAUCACGACCUGGACUUCAAUCGAGGUUUUCACCGGCCUCGUCUGCGCAUCCGCGCCUUGCACCCGGCCUCUGAUUCGCAAGAUGUCUCCCGCGCUCUUCACAACGCUCUCGACUCCCUUCGCAUCCCGCCCGGCCACCUCCCAAGCGAGCCCCGAUUCAGGCUCUAUCAACAUCAAAACCGCACAAUCCAGCCAAUCCAUAAAGUCGCAACCCCGUACAUCUCGAACGUUCCCCACCAUCACUGCCAUUAAAAAAACUUUCUCCAGAGAAGCCAUAUCCCAGAAAACCAAGCUCGGCCUCGAAGAAGUGAAGCUAAAAACUAUCAAGGCAAAACGACUGGACAAAGGCACCUUCGCCUACGCGAUUCAGAAGAGAGAGGAAGCCUUCCAGAACGAGAACGAGACGAUGUACCUGAAUCACGGCGAGAGUGUGGAGAGCUGGCUGGGAAGGUGCGAGGAGGAGGAGGAGGUGAAGAGAGCGGCGAGGAGUGCGUCUAUCAGUGAGGAUGGCGACGACGUGCUGGCGCGGAUCGGGAAUUCGCUAAGGGAGUGCGAUCCGAGUCUAAGUGGCAGGUAA